AUGACAGUUGUUAAUCGUGGUUUAGUUAUCCCUGAAAACACUCAGGUAGUUAUCAAAGAAAAAGAACAAAAAAUUGAAAUUAGCGGUUCAAAGGGCAAAUUAGAAUUGGAAAUCUUCCCAGAAGUAAAAGUAAUUCAAGAAGGAAAUAAAAUCUUUACUAAAGAAAUAGAAACAAAUAGAGGUUCAGUUGCCAGAAAGGCACAUGCCUUGGCUGGAACUAUGAAUUCAUUAAUUUACAGCGGAAUUAAAGGCGUUCAAGAAAAACACCAAAAAAAACUAGAUAUCAAAGGGACUGGUUAUAAAGUAUUGUCAAAAGGUAAAGAACUAGAAUUUACUUUAGGUUUUUCUCAUUCUAUUAAAAUGGCAAUUCCGAGUAAUUUAGAAAUAACUUGUCCGAGCAAUACUCAAUUAAUCAUUCAAGGAAUAAGCAAAGAAGAGGUGGGGCGAUUUGCCGCCAAAAUUGAAAAUUUGCGUCGACCUAACCCUUACAAGAUGAAAGGAAUCUAUCGAGAAAAUGCCAUUAUUAAACUAAAACCUGGAAAAACACCUAAUAAGUAA